AUGAACCAAUCGUACAACUACGAGCACGUACCUCAUUCUUACACAAGCCGGCCAAGUUAUCGUCAAGAUCAGUACCCUUCCACGGUUGAACCACCAAUGCAACAACCUCCUCAGCCCUCACGAUCGCCACUGCCUAUCGCCCAUAACCCACACGAUCGUCACUAUAACGCUGGCCACUUUUCACCCUUAUCACACCAUGUUCAGGCAACCUUUUCAUAUCUUCCUCCUCAAUCCACCACUGAACUACCUGUAUCAGCAAAUACUCCACCGCCACCGUAUCACACAAAUCGCGAUAGAGCCCAAGAGCGAGAAGCAACCAUGCAUGUAACGCGUUCAUCGCUACCAAUGAUAUACAACAAUGAAGUCCCAGGAUUCAACUCUAUAGGUGCCCCAUCCGGGAUGUAUCAUCAACCUCCUCAUCCUCAUCACCAACAGCAUCGAUAUUCUCCACAUGCUGAUAUUAUUGCACAUCAUCCUUCCUUCCACCACGACACAUCCCCACAUACAAAGUUACCACCCCUCAAUCCUUCCCCAACCAUUGACAACAACAACAAUGAUGAUGACGAUCACAAUGGCAGACGGUGGAACAAUGACCCCAUGAUACGCAACGACGACACUAUGAUGAUAACAGGAUCCAUCGCCUCGUCUCCUUCUUUUACAAUGACCGAGAAAGAGCUUGAACCUUAUGGAUGCGGUGUAGGUGAUUGUCAUGCGACCUAUCCUGCUUCGAGCGCGUUGUUUUAUCAUGUCAAAAACUGGCAUGGUGCUGAUCUUCAAAAUGUCGACAAGCCAUUUCGCUGUGCCAUCCCCAAUUGUGUCAAACGCUACAAGAACAUCAACGGGUUACAAUAUCAUUUGCGUGAAGCCAAAGGUACAUCAGGUCAUCCAACACUUCCCGGCAAACCACCACCGCAACCACAAGAGAAAAUCCACAAAUGUCGCGUCGCAGGAUGCAAAAAGGCGUAUAGGACAGCCAACGGAUUGAAAUAUCAUCAAACGCAUGCUCAUCAAAAGACUUGA